AUGAAAGGUAAAGGCAAAGUUCAGGAUUUCUCAACUGCCGGUGCAGAGCACUUGAAGCGAGAAGAGAUACAGCUCAAGAAGAAGGACAUUUUCCCGGAGUCACCUAAAUUUAAGGAUGCGGUGGAAGGUGGCAUCCACAAGCUUUCGAAGGAAGUUCGUGCAGAUGCCUCUUCACAGUAUUCGCGGGAAGUGGAUCGGCUGUUCCUGGCCUGGCUCCCAGAGGAAGGGCGCAACUUCAUGGAGGCGGCUGAGGGCCUUGGAAGCUCUCAGAAGGCUGAGGUGGCUUGGCUGAAGAGGAGGGGGUACGGCUACGAUGAGGUGGAGGUCGACAUCAGCCAGUGGAUUGGGGAGCAGGCAAAUGAAGUCCAAGGCGAGGCCGAUGCGGCCUUCACGAUGGAAGAGGUCGGCUGGGAUGCCUGGGCCAAGCAGUGGCUCGUAUCGCAGCCGUCCGUAUGCCCGUAUGCAUGA